CCUUCAUGCCACGCCCCCUCCUCCCCUCCUCAGCACCUCUCUCUCUCCACGAGCGUGCGGCGCGAGCAGCAGACGGUUGAGCAGAAGAGGAAUCCGCGCGGCGUGGAACGGACGGAGCUCGGCGUCCGUGGGGGGGACAAGUUGUAAACGACACGGACACGGACACGGACACGGAGAACAAAACCGACUCAGAUUCUCCAUCCUCCGCUCCAUGGACCCACCUUCAAACCACACGGCUCCCAGGCUGGACGUUCCUGUGAGUCGACAGCAGCACACUGGCUGGAUUACGAAAGAGAUGCUGGAUGGGGAGACGGAGCCUGUAUUGCUUUGAACGAGAGCCAGCUGUGUCAGACUGAAGUUCACAGAGAAACUGAAUGGCUGCAAUCCUGUAAGGGCAGAUGCUGUCACAGAGAGCUGAAAGCGAUCCUGGGAGCUGCGAUGGGACACAGUAAGGCCGCGGGCACGAUAAGAAAUCUCAGGAGCUCUCCUUUUCAAUCACAACACCGACACUAGACAGUAAAGAGGCGUCCAUCAUCCGAAUUUAAUGUCGUCGCGGAUGCAGCCGCAAGCUGCGCCGCCACGUCUGAGUCAUCCCAUGGAGGCGCCGCCUCAACGUUUCCAACGCUGCUGCCACUGGUAACGACAGCCAAGUGAACAGCGAUGCCUUCUAAGGUCUCCUGCUUAUACUUGCUGACAGUGGUUUGCUGGGCCAGCGCUCUGUGGUACCUGAGUGUGUCCCGCCCCUCCACGUCCUACGGGGGCCAGAUGACCAUCCCCGUACGCAAAGCGCCCAAGGCCAACAAGAACUCCACCUUCAGCAACAUCCGCACGCGCUCGCUCAACCCGCACGACUUCGGCUACCUCAUCAACGAGGACAAGAAGUGCGAGGCGGAGCCACCGUUCCUCGUCAUUCUGAUCAGCACCACCCACAAGGAAUUCGACGCCCGUCAGGCCAUCAGAGAGACAUGGGGUGACGAGAGCACCUUUCCGGACGUGCGCGUGGUCACGCUCUUCUUGUUGGGCCGCAGCACUGAUGGUGUCCUCAACCAGAUGGUGGAGCAGGAGAGUCAGAUCUUUCACGACAUCGUGGUGGAGGAUUUUAUUGACUCUUACCACAACCUGACGCUCAAGACGCUGAUGGGCAUGCGCUGGGUGGCCACGUUUUGCUCUAAGGCUCAGUAUGUCCUCAAGACGGACAGUGACAUCUUUGUCAACAUGGAGAACCUCAUCUACAACCUCUUGAAGCCCACCACCAAGCCCAGGAGGAGGUACUUCACUGGCUACGUCAUCAACGGCGGGCCAAUCAGAGACAUGCGCAGCAAGUGGUACAUGCCCAGGGAUCUGUACCCAGAGAGCAAGUACCCGCCCUUCUGCUCCGGCACCGGCUACGUCUUCUCGGCGGACGUUGCCGAGCUCAUAUACAAAACCUCCUUACACACCAGGCUGCUGCACCUGGAGGACGUGUACGUCGGCGUGUGCCUCCGUAAGCUAGGCAUCCACCCUUUCCAGAACAGCGGCUUCAACCACUGGAAGAUGGCCUACAGCCUUUGCCGCUACCGCCGGGUGGUCACCGUCCACCAGAUCUCCCCCGAGGAGAUGCACCGCAUCUGGAACGACAUGACCAGCAAGAAACACCUUAAAUGUUAGCAGGAGUUUGAGCGUCGGGGAGCGUCUCAUCUCGUCCCCUGCCUCUCCAUCAUUGGCAAAUACUGUACAGCACGUAGCACUGAGCUGAAGGAACAGUAUUGACGAAGCAUCCAGGACUUUGUCCGGGCAUUGAUCGCUUUGCCCAGGGGAUGUCUAUACUGCAAGGCCAAAGCAAAACUCCUCUGUAUUCUCUCCGUCUCCUCCCUCACUUCGAGGUGUUUAUGAGACUCACAAAAAAACAGGCACAACGUUGGAAAUAUGUUUUUCAAAAAUAUGUGCAAAAAUGUUCAGCCAGUUGGUUGUCAUUGCCAGCAGCGCUCUGAUUUUUACAGGAAAAUACAAGACGGGAAGCGGGGAGGCUCGUGUUAAAGCGCUCGUUUAUACACUGUCCCCAGUUACUUCACUGCAGAUUACACGAAUGCCGACACACUUCUUUGAACCCAGACGUUCACCUCUCGGGUUAAACACAAGCUCUCUAAUUAUGAAUGUUCCUCAUGUUUUCUCAGUUGUUGUACUUUCUGAAGGUUUAAAUGUUGGAUGUACUGUCUGGCACCGCAGCAGCUGUCGACGCCAUCGUCAAGGAAAGCGGCCACAUUAAUGACCCGACGCUUCUCUUCUUUUCAGAAUAUUUUCUUACAAAACACAUCCACAGGUCUUUGUAUUGUGCAAUGAAAAAAGUACGUCGGACGGCGUGAAGAUAUUAGCUGCUUGCAUUCCCACGUGAAUGUUACUUCUGUUAAUGUGUGAUGUGCAGUUAUUUGUCUGAGGCAGCGCUGCCAGCAGCCUGCAGACUAUUCUAUUUUCUAUUACUUGAACAUGAAGAACAAAAUGUACUGUAAGGCGGUGUGUGCUGAGGACAAAGAUUACAUUUCUGGAGUGCUUUCUUCUUUUCAUUUACUUCAGACUAAAUAAACCGCUUUUAUAAGA